GGCCAGCACUGUACUUCGCUCAGUUGACAGUAUUGUUCGCGCCAAUCUUCUUAUCUUCCGACUUUAGGUACACAAGCGGGACAGCGAUCGGAUCUUUAUACAUUUGCAACUAAAACUAAAUUAAAUAUAUAUUUAGGAAAAUUUACAUUUUAUAAGCCUAUUAGUGAAAACAGCGUGAAUCAAAAGUGAUUUGGUAAGAACAAUGAAUAUAAAGUGUACUUAAUAUUCUGAUUCCACUAAUUAUCCGGACGUUAUGGGGACUAGAUUCAGUUGACACUGAUUGCAAACCUAUUUAUUUAUUUCGAGUAUUAAUCAACAUAUUUAUUAUUCAUUAUCCUUUAAAUUCUUAAGAUGGUUAAUUUCCCUAAAGCACUGCUAGGGAAGGGGUGUGUCCUUGUGUAUCUUGUGGUGGUGACAGCGUGGACCGUAACUUGUGAAGAUAUUGUGGUUGAUCCGAUAAAUUCUACAAAAACCGAAUUCAUUAGCGAUGAAAAAUUGGAAACUACGGAGAUUGUUCAGGAUGGCUCUGCUCCGCAUCUCGAGCUCUCGGAGUACUCGGUUCAGCAGAACCUCUCGGACCCUAUCACGACUGUCAGGGUGAGUGCUUCCACUUCGACUGUUUCGACCAAGCGGGAACUCAGAAACUUCCGAUUUCCCGAUUCGACAAGUAAAAGCUCCUCUACGACGAAUUCUGGCUCAGAUGAAGCUGAAACAGAACCCAGCAAAAACGAUUUAUCCCCAAGUCGCCUCCCUGUCAUACAAAAGGUGGUCGGAAUGACGCGUGUCAAACCUUCGGUUAGAAAUGAGUCAUCGACGGAGAUUCAGCCUUUGGAGGACUUAUUGGACAUUUAUAGUGCUUCUCGGCUUGCCGUUGUGUGGAAUCGGACCAGAGACAUCCAGGUGACUCCUCAGUGUCACAGGGACAUGACCGUCUUCCUUCAGGCGUUGAGGCGUGGCGACCUUUGGGCCCUUCAGAUGAGUGAUGCGAGCGGCAGAUAUGGCGGCAGUUUCUUGUGGGGAAACACUUACUGGGUGGGUUCGGCCACACUCUGCAUGCAAACGUCCCAUUCAGACAGCAGGCCACCCUUCUUACUGGGCUUCUACAUACUGAGAACUCACAUCAUGCUGGACAAGCACAUCACUCCACAGAUGAGGUCUCAGCUGAUGGGGAUCUGCCUUCCUCUCUCCUGCGACUCUCAAGAUGUGAACCAUGUAAUAGAACUUUCUGCUCGAGAGGCCAAGCUUCACUCUCAGCGCUCCGUUGAUGUUGUCACUGUCAAGUCCCCUCACAACAAAUACGUUAUGUCUGAAGAUCCAAUAUUCGUCAUUAUUAUGGUCUCAAGCUCAAUCAUAGCAGUAUUCCUUAUUGCUGGUACAGCUUUGGACAUAUACAGACAGAGAAAAAUAGCAAAGAGAGCCAACUUCACCUACGACAACUACACAUUUGUGUUCUCCAAGUCACCUCACCGCAGCAUCAACACUGUAGCUGUCCCUGUCAAAAUGUCUCGAGAAAAUAACAAUAGUAGUCAUCCUUCAAACGAAUCUGCAGCUGAUGGCAGUGACCCGACCACAGAGAGUAACUCCGUUACCAGUGAUGAAACUGUUAUAAAAACAGGUCUUUUUAGUGAGAUUCUUCUGUCGUUUUCAAUAAGAAGAAAUCUGAAGACUAUAUGUGACCAGUCAGUAGGAGCAGAUACGAUACCUACUGUACAUGGUCUCCGUGCCAUCUCCAUGGCUUGGGUCAUACUAGGACAUACCUGCAUCGUUGCAUUCAAGUACUCUGAUAACAUGUCUUAUCGAGGAGUUGUUGAGCGAGAAUUUCUGUUCCAAACUAUCAACAAUGGUGCCUUUUCUGUGGAUACGUUCUUCUUUAUAAGUGGACUUCUAGUCUCUUACUUGUACUUCCGUACAACAGCAAAACAUGAUGUGACUAAGAUUACAAGGACAAAAGGGUUUCUUUCUUACGUGCUUCAGUUUAUAGGCAUGAUUGCUUACAGAUUUUGUAGACUCACAUCCCCGUACCUGUUUGUGUUGGGAGUGGUGCAGGUUUCAAUGAAGUGGUUCCACUAUAAUUCAGUGUUUGAGCCCCCAGCAGCUGACCACAUCAACUGUCCCAAGUACUGGUGGCGUAACCUGCUCUACAUCAACACUCUCUUCCCUGUCAAGGAUAUGUGCAUGCUCUGGAGCUGGUAUCUCGCAGAUGACACCCAAUUUUUUGUUUUGGGCACCAUACUUCUGAUUAUGGCAGUCAAGAAUUUUAGAGCAGCAGCCUCCUUAAUGGUGAUGUUCCUUGUAAGUUCUUGGAUAACUACAAUGUACAUUGCUUAUACAAACCAACACAUGCCAAAUCUUGACGAUCCUUUGGCUUUGUUUGACAAGAUAUAUGACAAGCCAUGGACAAGACUAGGCCCCUACCUAGUCGGAAUGAUUGUGGGAUGGGUUCUCUUCAAGACAGAUUGUAAAAUAAAAAUGCACAAGGUAACCGUGACGUUGGGAUGGACCGCAUCUGUCAGCCUGUUACUGUUCCUAGUGUAUGGCUUAUAUGAACAAGAGUUGCACCCCAUCACCGCAGCUGCCUACUCCUCGUUCAGUCAUACCCUCUGGGCUCUAGGUCUUGCUUGGGUCGUCAUUGCCUGCUCUACUGGCUAUGGAGGUUUUGUAAACAAUGUCUUGUCAUCAACUAUCCUAUAUCCAUUCAGCAGGGUGACUUACUGCGCAUAUCUCGUCCACCCAAUUCUCAUUAGAAUAUUUGCUAUGAAGAUGGACAGUCCGAUUCAUCUUGGAAAAGAUCUUGUGAUAAUAAUGUUUCUCGGUGUGCUGGUUGUCUCCUACACUCUCUCUCUUGUGAUAUCGUUGGCAUUUGAAGCUCCUGCAGUUACACUGCUGAAAAUCGUUUCCUUCAAACAAAAAACUAAGUGAUCUAAUGGACGUUUUCUUAAAUGUUUAGUUGCAACAAUUUAAGAAUUAAUGAAAAUUUUACAUCAUUGCAAUAAAAAUAAUCUUUAAUCAUGUUUCAAUGAAUACAUCAUUGUGAAUCUUUUUUAUUUUAUCAUGAUAUAAUCAAGUUGUCAACAUAAAGCUGUACACAUAGCAAAUAGUAAAGAAACUACCUUACCAACAGUAAAUUAUACAAAAACUGGCUGCGUCCAGUUAGUCAGUCCAAUUAGUCAAAAUGUAUUACAAUACAAACAUAUGUCUUUAGUUAUAGAGCAGUAUGAACUCUACACUCAAUGCAAUACUCAAUAAGAAUAAAUAAAAGUUACAUCCAAUCACAAUGACCACAUAUUCAGUUGAAGUAUUAUUUUUAAUGAACAUAUUCAAUUGAAGUAUUAUUUUUAAACAACUUAAACUAGCCUGGUUUGUUGUUAGGCUUUGUACAAGCUUAAAUUGUUAGAUUUAAUAUUGAUUGACAAAUAUUUUAAAACUAAUGCUUUCGGUAAACCGCUGCAUUUCAAGAGUUGUACAUUUUAUUUAUAAGCAAUUGCUGUUGUACAAAGUUGUUAGAUUAGAAUGUAAAUAUUACUGUUUAAGUUUUGUUUAUACUGCUUGUGUAUUAUUAUUAAGAAAAUAAACAUACUAAACUGA